GUUUAACUAUGAAUCGAGUUGCCAUAGGUACUUAUGUUAGUUAUCAUUGGCUUGCGCCAGAGAUAAGAGCACAAGUUGAAGCAAUAACUAUCAAUUGGGAUGCAGAGCUUGACAAUGAUGAACUUGAACGACUUCAAGCAGCCAUUGAAAGGAUCAAAUUAAGGAAGGCUCGAAUAGAACGAUCAAAUAUCACUUGUGAAUGGUGUGGAUUAGACCAUUUUAGUUUUGAUUGCUACUUUAAACGAUCUAACAAGUGUGUUGAUUUUUCUUAUAUAUUGGAGCCACAAUCAGGAUUUCAAGCUCUAGAAGAAGAGACAUGUUUGAAUAAAAAUCUAGAGGUUCAAUCAAGUCAUUUGCUCAACUUAGUUGCUGAAGAGAUACAAGGUGAGUUACCUAGUGCAACAAUGAAAAAUCAAGAAGAAGAGGUAAACACUUUACUCUUGGAGAUUGAAGGACAACUUGAAGAAGUGGAAAACAUGCCUGCAGAAGCUAAACAAGAGGAUGUCCCUAAAGAGAAAGAGGAAAAAGCUCAAGUGUCAUUUGAAGUGUUCAAUGGUGAGUCUUCUUUAACCAAAUCUGAUUUUAAUGAUUAUUUUGUUAUUGAUAUGGUUGAUGAGAUUUUGCAGAAAAACACUUAUGAGAAUCCAUUUGAGAUUUACCCUACUCAAGCAAAAGACUCAAUCGAAGAAUACAUAAAUUGCUUGAACACAUCAUCUUCCUUGGAAUCAAAGGGGGCACUCCUAGAAGAAUUGGGAAGGCACAUCUGCUGUCCUAAACCCAAACCACCUCAGAAUAGUCAUUGGAGAAAAUCUUAUGGUGGAUUCAACGUAAGGGCAAAAAAGCCAAGAUUCAAGAAAACGAGAGGACAUGCCCUACGACCUGAUCUAAAACCACCUUAGAGUGGUAGAAAGUCUAGCUAAUGACUAUAAAUUAAGCACUUCUUGGGAGGCAACCCAAGCAUAAAAUUUUCUUUUCUUUUCUUUUCUUUUUCUUUUAUAGUUCAGAUUUUCUUUUAAUUUUUUUCUUUUUCUCUUUUUGGCCUAGGUUAAUGCAUAAAUUGUUGUUAUUUGA